AUCAAAGCAAGUCUAUUAUUUUCAAUCAGUCUAAAAAUAUCAUUCAUUGAGUUCGGAGGCUGGAAAUAUAUACAUUCUCAAAAAAUGCUGCUAAAAUAUAUUCCUUUACUUUUGUUGGUCCAGCUUCUUGUAGCGACUGCUAAACCAACUAAUCCACAUCUAUUCAAUUCCGAUGAUCCAUUGCAAAGGGAUUUAGAGAGGCAGGCCAAGGAGCAGACAGUUCACCUCCUGGAUUCCCUGUUCCGUUCUCAAAUCGCCUAUUUCGCCGAGGUUAAGACCGCUCUGAAUCCCCAAACAAAGCGAUUCCAGGACAUUAGUCUUUAUAUUACACGCCUAAAUCAAGCCAUUGCUGAGAAGGAUCUGGACAGAAAGGAUAAAAUAUGGAAGGACGUUUUUGAAGAGUUCAAGGAAUCCCCCCUACUACUGAACAGGGAGUCUGAGACAGGUCUCACCGACUCGCAAUACAAGACCCUGCUUACCGGACAAAAACUCCAGGACAUAUCCACAAAGUUCGUAACCGAUGUGGCCGAUUACUUCUGGGAAAUGGCCAAGAUCAGUGGCAAAGUCGUUGGUAAUGGCAUAUCGAGCGGUAAUCAAUCUUAAUCACAAUAAACCAAUAGUGAAUUAAUCAAA